ACUCAACUCUUGAUUAAAUCACCACCGGCGGCACCACCACACCGACCAUUGUUUCUCUUCCUCCAUAACCAUACACAAUGUGCAUUAGUUCAAGAAUCAGAUCUCUACUAGUUCUACUUAUUGUUUUGUUUCCCAUUUCGAUCUAUGCCCAAGAAGUUCAGGAUGAGAGGGAGUUUGAUUACGAUAAAGCGAGCGGAAAAGGACCCGAGAAAUGGGGGAAAAUACACAAAGAAUGGUCUGCUUGUAACAAUGGCAAAAUGCAAUCUCCAAUUGACUUGUCAAAUAAGAGAGUUGAUGUUGUUCACAAAUCAAAGAAGCUGUUGAGGAACUACAAGCCAAGCACUGCAGUAAUAAUUAACCGUGGCCAUGAUAUAGAGGUUCAUUGGGAGGGCCAUGCAGGUUCGAUCAAAAUAAAUGGAACGAUUUACGCUCUUAAACAAGCCCAUUGGCACUCGCCUUCCGAGCAUACAAUCAAUAAAAAAAGGUACUCACUCGAGCUACACAUGGUUCAUAAGAGCGUCGAUCCAACCUCCAAACACCAAAUUGCAGUCAUUGCUAUUCUUUACAAAAUUGGAAAACCAAACCGCUUCCUCUCUAAGUUGGCUCGAAACAUAACAUCAUUGGUGAACCAAGAAAAUGAACAUAGACACCCGGGUGUGAUCGACCCGAGAGAGAUUCAUAUGAGUUGCCGAAGGUACUAUAACUAUAUUGGCUCACUCACUGUGCCUCCAUGUACGGAAGGGGUCAUUUGGACCAUUAGCAAGAAGGUGAGGACGGUCUCGCUUGAUCAAGUUAAAUUACUUCGCGAGGCAGUUCAUGAUCAUGCAGCGAAAAAUGCAAGACCACUGCAACCUGACCAUAAGAGGGGCAUCCAGCUUAUUGGUCCAUAGCAACACAACUCAAGUGUCAUUCAAUCAUGAUGCCUACAUAUGGAAAGUAAUAAAUACUUUUAAUCAACAAGAAAAUGAAGAAAUUAAUAAUCUUUGUAAUUAGCUAGCAAAAACGUGUUAACAUAAUAAAUUUAUUGUCUAUUUUUAUGCA